UGUUUUUUAUUCACUUUUCGCCCCCAUCUAACAAGCGUUUCAUCCGUUAGGAAAGAAAACCGUGGAAAUAAUCUACGCAUUAUGCUUUUUCUUACACUGCUGCUGAUGGUGAAAAAUAAAGUGUGUUUGUAAGCAGUGAUUUGGUGGUUCUGUGGGGGGAAAUCAUAGAGGGGGAAAUGGAGAAAAUCAAAACCUCGAAGUUUCUCAAUGCAAUAACCGAGAAUUAUAAAGAAGAGAUGAUGCAACCAGCAGAGACCAGUGCUGAGUCCGUGGAGAAGACAGUGAUUCUGCUUAAAGAGAAAGCAGAAAGUGGAGAUUCUCAAGCCGCCUUCCUCCUGGGACAGUUACACUAUGAGGAGGGCCGCUUCACAGAAGCAGAGAUCAUCUUCGACGGCAUUAAAGAUGAAGAUCCCCGAGCUCUAUAUCAGCUGGCGGUCAUGUAUUACGAUGGACUUGGAACCAAAGAAGACCUUGGCAAAGCAAUAGAGUUGAUGAGAAGAGUUGCAUUGUGGGAUUCCUCACACGCGGGCUCUGUCAGACACGCGGCGCUGUAUAACCUGGGCCGGGCGUAUCUGGAGGGUCACGGGGUCCAGGCGUCCAGCGCUGAAGCAGAGCGGCUUUGGCUCCUGGCAGCUGAUGAGGGGAACCUGAACACUAGUGUGGAGGCGCAGUCGUCUCUCGGCAUGUUCUACUGCAGACCCGAGACCCUCGACCUCACCAAGGCGUUCUCGUGGCACUCGGAGGCGUGUGGGAACGGCAGUGUGGAGUCUCAGGGCGCUCUGGGAGUCAUGUAUCUGCACGGCCUCGGUGUGCAGAAGGACCCGGACUCGGCCCUGUUCUGCCUGAAGGCCUCGGCCGAGAGAGGGAACGUUUACGCUCAGGGUCAUCUGACGGCCUGCUACUACCAGCGCAAACUCUACUCCAGAGCCGCAGCACUGGGAGAACGAGUGUGUGGAUACGAGGACACGAGCGCCAUCGCGAGACGGACCGGCUGUCUGGAGGAGUUCAUCAGGAAGGGCAUCACUAUUGCCAUGUUUUACUUCGCACGCUGCCUUUAUCUGGGCCGAGGGGUCCCGCAGAACAGAGACAGGGCCAAAAGAUACUUCACACAGGCUGCCAGCAUGGAUCCGUCAAUCUGUCAGGAGCUGCAGAUGAACGUCGUACACGGCAGAAUAUAAACCACACGAUCACUCGUUUCAUCUCAGAGAAGUUCAGGAUUAUUUCUGUGUGAUGAUAUAAAGAUGAUCCACAGAGAGGAUAGUUUAAAACGCAUGUGCCAAAUUCUCACAAAUGUAAUCGGUUAAAUGUUUUUAUGAAAAAAGUUCAGCUAAUAUCUUGAAUAUGUGUGUGUACAUAUAAAAUGUAUUAUUUUUCAAAAA